AUGAGCACUCCGAAGCCUGGGAGAUUCGCUGCAUACUCAACCGCUCUCCAGUCCAUCGCGAAACGCACAGGAACACCUCUCUCAUCGCUUGUCCUCUCUUUUGGAAUUCUCCAUGAAGUCACGGCCGUCGCACCACUCUUUAUCAUCUUCUACGGCGCGCGUACUUUCGGUGUUGGAGACCGCCUCGUUCAAGAAAUAUCUGAAGACCUAAACUCUCACAAUGCUGGGGAGGAUGGUGCACCGGUGGAUGCUAUGCAGUGGGGUAGGCGGAAACUAGCGACGUGGAUGGACGACGGGUACGCCUGGACUGCUCGAGUUGGGACGCGGUAUGGGGUGUUCGGAUACGAAAAGAGACAGUCAGGAGAAAAGGUCGACAUCGAGGCUUUGAACCAAGUUCCUGGACGCCUUGCUGGGGAUGUAGCAAAUGCUGUCAUUGCCUAUGCCGCCACCAAGGCCAUGUUUCCACUUCGAAUAGGACUAUCCCUCUAUCUUUCUCCAGCAUUUUCAAGGGGAAUCGUUGAACCUAUCCGCACAUCCGUUGUAGGACUCUUCCGAAGACAAUAG